AUGGAUCUUGCUCACCCUCCAUCUCCUGAUUCACCAGACUUCAAGCUUUGGAGCAUAUGCAACGACAUGGUGCUAUCUUGGCUCCUCAACUCCCUUUCCAAAGAGAUUGUAGGCAGCAUUAUCUACUCUAGGACAACCAGAGAUCGCUUUGGGCAAUCUAAUGGAGUAAAGUUGUUUCACCUGCAAAAGGAUCUCAAUGACUUAGUACAGGGGUCUAAUGACAUAGCAGGAUAUUUCACGAAGGUAAAAAGGCUUUGGGAUGAAUUAGAUACUCUCAAUGUAAAUAUAAGUUGUGAAUGUGACUGUACAUGUGGAGCUAUUUGUGGAAGUUUGGUUCCUGAUUUUGGGUUUCUAGCUUUGAGUUCUGUUGCUGUUUCAUUGUUUUAA